AUGUCGACUGAGAAUCCCAAGAUUGUGACCAGCUCAAACUCUACGGAGAAGCCUACUUCGGGUCCUCGUAGUGCUAUGCGCAACGUGAAGGGUGAGGGCAGCUCCAGCAACCUGGGCACUUUUGGCGUGAAGAGUGGUCUUGCUCAGAUGUUGAAGGGAGGUGUCAUUAUGGACGUCGUAAACGCUGAACAGGCGCGUAUCGCCGAAGAAGCUGGUGCGUGCGCUGUUAUGGCACUGGAGCGUGUGCCUGCAGACAUUCGUGCCGACGGUGGCGUGGCUCGUAUGUCGGAUCCUGCCAUGAUUCAGGAAAUCAUCGACGCUGUGACCAUUCCUGUGAUGGCCAAGUGCCGUAUUGGACACUUUGUCGAGGCACAGAUCCUGCAAGCUAUCAAUGUGGACUACAUUGAUGAGAGUGAGGUUCUGACACCUGCGGAUGAAGAGCACCAUAUUAACAAGCACAACUUCAAGGUGCCUUUUGUGUGUGGCUGCCGAAACCUUGGCGAGGCUUUGCGCCGCAUCAGUGAAGGCGCUGCUAUGAUUCGCACAAAAGGUGAGGCUGGCACCGGCAAUGUCGUGGAGGCUGUGCGUCACCAGCGUACUGUUCAGGCUGAGAUUCGUCGUGUGGCCCACAUGAGCGAUGACGAGCUGUACUCGUACGCUCGUGAGAUUCAGGCGCCGUUCCACCUGCUGAAGGAAACUGCCCGUCUGAAGCGCCUGCCUGUGGUGAACUUUGCUGCUGGUGGUGUUGCUACACCUGCUGAUGCUGCUUUAAUGAUGCAGCUGGGUAGCGAUGGUGUGUUUGUGGGUUCUGGCAUUUUCAAGGGGGAGAACCAGGCGGAGCGUGCCAAGGCCAUUGUGCAGGCUGUGGCGCACUACAACGACCCUGCUAAGCUUGCUGAGGUAUCCACGAACCUAGGUGAGGCUAUGGUCGGUAUUACUAUCUCCGACAAUAUGAAGGGUGGCAAGCUUGCGUCCCGCGGCUGGUAA